AUUCUUGGUGAUGAAAUGGGCCUGGGUAAGACAUGCCAGACCAUUGCUCUUCUGAUUUACUUGACUGGAAGUUUAAAAAAAAAAGGACCAUUUCUGAUUCUUUGUCCACUCUCUGUCCUGAGCAACUGGAAAGAAGAGAUGGAGAGAUUUGCUCCGGGCCUUUCCUGCAAAGUAUACACAGGCGACAAGGAGGAGAGAGCUCACCUCCAGCAAGAUCUGAAAAUGGAUGCUUCUUUUCAUGUGCUCCUGAGCACCUAUGAGAUUUUCCUGAAAGAUGCAGCAUUUCUAAAAACUUUCUCUUGGAGCGUUCUGGUUGUGGAUGAAGCCCACAGAUUGAAAAACCAGAGCUCACUGCUGCACAAAACACUCUCAGAGAUCUCUGUCAACUUCAGCCUCUUGUUGACUGGCACCCCUAUUCAAAACAGCCUCCAGGAGCUCUACUCCCUCCUGAGUUUUGUGGAAUCGAGUCUCUUCCCAAAGGACCAGCUAGAAGAUUUCAUUCAGUGCUUCCAGGAUGUUGAGAAAGAAACUGAUUCAGCAGCGGAACUGCAUAAACUCCUGAAGCCCUUUCUGCUCAGGCGGGUUAAGGCUGAAGUGGCCACAGAGCUCCCCAAGAAGUCAGAGGUGGUCCUCUACCAUGGCAUGUCGGCUCUGCAGAAGAAGUACUACAAGGCCAUUCUGAUGAAGGACCUAGAUGCAUUUGAAAAUGAAACAGCCAAGAAAGUGAAGCUUCAGAAUAUCUUAUCACAGCUCAGGAAGUGUGUGGGCCACCCUUAUCUGUUUGAUGGUGUUGAGCCAGAGCCUUUUGAGAUUGGAGACCACCUGAUUGAAGCCAGUGGGAAACUUCACCUGCUGGAUAAACUGUUGUCAUUCUUGUAUACCAGACACCACCGGGUUUUGCUGUUCUCCCAGAUGACCCACAUGCUGGACAUCCUUCAGGACUACAUGGAUUACAGAGGCUACAGCUAUGAGCGUUUGGAUGGGUCAGUGAGAGGAGAAGAAAGACAUCUUGCUAUUAAGAACUUUGGACAGCAGCCCAUAUUUGUUUUUCUCCUGAGCACCAAGGCAGGUGGAGUGGGCAUGAAUCUGACUGCUGCAGACACAGUUAUUUUUGUGGACAGUGACUUUAAUCCUCAAAAUGACUUGCAGGCAAUUGCUAGGGCUCACAGGAUCGGCCAGAAAAAGUCUGUGAAGAUUAUUCGGCUUAUUGGCCGAGAUACAGUGGAAGAAAUAAUCUACAGGAGAGCAGCGUCCAAGCUGCGGCUCACCAAUGCUAUCAUAGAGGGUGGUCACUUGACUCUGGGAACACAGAAAACUCCAGCAGCCUCAGACCUGCAGUUGAGUGAGAUCCUCAAGUUUGGCUUGGACAAACUGCUCUCUUCUGAAGGAAGCACCAUGGAAGAGAUUGACCUGGAGUGCAUUCUUGGGGAAAGCAAGGAUGGCAAGUGGAUUGCAGAUGCCUUACUUGCUUCUGAAGAAGAAAGCAAAGAAGAAGAGGCCGAGAGUCAUAUGUAUUUAUACGAAGGUAAAGAUUAUUCUAAAGAGCCAAGUCAAGAAGACAAAAAAUCCUUUGAGCAACUGGUGGAUCUUCAGAAAACCCUUCUGGAGGAGAGGCAUCAGGAGGGGAGGGCGCUCCGCAAUAAAGGAAGCGUUCUCGUCCCAGGACUUUUGGAAGGGCCUACCAAAAGAAAGCGCAUCUUGAGCCAGGAAGAACUAGAGGAAAGGCGGAGGAAAAGACAAGAGGCAGCAGCCAAGAGAGCAAGGUUGAAAGAGGAGAAGAAAAGACAACAAGAAGAGGCAGAGCAUAAGAAAAAGAUGGCUUGGUGGGAGUCAAACAAUUACCAGUCAUCCUGCCUGCCCUCUGAGGAAAGUGAAACAGAUGAAUCUGAGGAAGGAAAUGAUGAGAAUGAUGGUGACUUCGGUUAUGAAGAUCAAGACCUGACCUCCAUCAAGUAUGUUAGUGGGGAUGUCACCCACCCCCAGGCAGGAGCAGAGGAUGCCAUCAUUGUUCACUGCAUAGAUGAUUCUGGACGCUGGGGCAGAGGCGGUUUGUUCACAGCCUUAGAAAUUCGGUCAGCUGAACCAAGGAAAAUAUAUGAACUUGCAGGGAAGAUGAAGGAUCUGAGGCUGGGAGGAGUCCUUCUAUUCCCUAUUGAUGAUAAGGAGUCGAGGAACAAAGGACAGGACUUGUUGGCAUUGAUUGUGGCUCAGCACCGGGAUCGCUCCAAUGCCUUGUCUGGCAUCAAGAUGGCAGCACUGGAGGAGGGUUUAAAAAAGAUAUCUCUAGCAGCAAAGAAGAAGAAGGCAAGUGUCCAUCUUCCGCGCAUUGGCCAUGCUACUAAAGGGUUUAACUGGUAUGGUACAGAGCGUCUCAUACGGAAACAUUUAGCAGCAAAAGGCAUCUCGACUUCUGUAUAUUAUUUUCCUAGGAAUAAAGCCCUUUCUACUUAUUCACAACCAUCUUCAUCAACCACAAGACCUAUGGCACCAUGACACUUGUGAGAGUCCUAUGGUCUCUUUCUGAAAAGAACAGUAAGACAAGCCAAUGCUUGUCCAGAGCUGCUGAAGAAUUUCCAGAAGAAAUCAAAAUUAGACCAUUGAAAUAUUUUAUAUGUGAAUUCUAAAUUCUGAUUUUAUUUUUGUAAGUUGGAAGUGCACAGCCUAUCAGAGGAAGCCAUGUUGGCAAUUCAUCAAGGGCCCAAAGUCAACACUCCAGUUCCAUAAACAUUUGCACAUAAUAAUAA